AUGUCCUUCGCGCAGCCGCCCGGGCCAGCUUUUAACGCGCGCCGCGGCAGCAGCCUCCUGCUGCAGUCCUGCCGAGCAGGCGGCGGCCGCAGGCGCAGUGAGCCAGAAGCGCAGAGCUCCUGCCUGCCCAAGGGCCAGAGGCCGAGUGGCGAUCGAUCCCCGCCCGCGCAGAGGAAUUUCCCAGAGCCGGCCGCGGCCGCAAGCGUGGCGUCCUCGUCGGGGCGGCGCUUCCCGGCGGACGCCACGGCGAUCGCGGGCUGGCUGCCGGCGGCCCCCGGCGGCCGCGGGGACGACCUCUCGCUCGGCUUCAAUGCCGGCGCCGCCUCCGCGGGGCCCGGCGCGGGCUCGCUGGCGGCCGGGCUCUGGGGCCCCGCGGCCUCGCGCCAGGCCGCCGCGGCGCUCGGGUACGGGGCGGUAGGCGGCGCUGCCGGUGACGUCGGGAUGCUGGUCGUCGCGCCCGCGGGCUCGUUCCACCACCAGCGGGCUGGGGGAGCGUCGGCCGCCGACGACCCCGUGUUCCCGCUCAUCGCCGCGGCGCAGCGCACCCUCGUCGACGCCGACGCCGCCUCCGGGAAGCCGUCCGCCGCGGGCGCCAUCCAGUUCUGGCACCCGGAGCCGCAGGCGGGGGAUUUGGCGGCCGCGGACGGCUCCCGCGGCAAGAAGGCCCUCGCCAUGCUGGACCAGGGCCGCGGCGGGGCCGGCUCCGGGUCCGGCGCGGCGACGUGCCACGACUGCGGCAACCAGGCGAAGAAGGGGUGCGCGCACAGCCGCUGCCGCACCUGCUGCAACAGCCGCGGCUUCGACUGCGAGACCCACGUCAGGAGCACCUGGGUGCCCGCCGCCCGGCGCCGGGAGCGCCUGCAGCUCGCCGGCGCGUCCCCACCUCCCCCCGCGCCCGCCGCCGCCAAGAAACCACGCCUCGCGUGCCAGACCUCCACGAUGACCACCAACUCCCGCACCUCCACCUCCAACGCCACCACCCCUCGCAGCCUCGACACCUCCUCGAGCCACCAAGACGCGUCGUUCAAGGACAACCUGCCCCGGCAGGUGCGGGGGCCGGCGGUGUUCCGGUGCGUGCAGGUGACGUCCGUCGACGACGGCGGCGGCGAGGUCGCGUACCAGGCUGCGGUGACCAUCAACGGGCACCUGUUCAGGGGCCUCCUGUACGACCACGGCGCCGACACCGACGGCCGCGCCGCCGACGCCGUGCAGCUCGGCACCUCCGACCUCCACCUCGGCAGCGCCUCGGCCGCGGCCGCCAACCUGUGCAGCGGCGCCAGCGCCCCGCUCAUCCUCGGCGGCCUGGGCUACGGUAACACGCCAUGAACUGAUGGGAAGCAAGCAACAGCACACAGCAGCCAGGAUCGAGCAGCCAGCAAGGGUACCUUUACCUAGUCAAUGUUCUGCCCUUCGCUUUCUUUGUUUCAGCUCCCAGUCACUGCAAGCAGCAGUAGUAUACUGUAGCUCAGUUUCAUGUUACUGGCGAUGCUGCUGCCAUUGAACUCUUCGUGUCCGGAAGCUGGAAAGGGUAUAGUUCAGCACUCACAUCUUUCACCCUUUGCAAGAAAAACUGGGCACCCAAAGUCCCGAAGUCACAGCACAGGGGCGCCUGAUGCCGUUUGGGACAUCUGAAUUUCUUCA